CGAACAAGCAAUAUCACCCACCACAUUCGGACCUUUGAUCGGACGCUUUGUAGACCACACAAACUAUCCACAGUUUGCCGCCGAGAUGGAGGACCUGGCGCAACCAGAGACGCCAACAAUCGACAGCAACGAGGUAGAGCCUCAGGGCAACAAUGACCCUCGGGAUCCUUUGAGGCCCGACGUCGAGGAGGAGAACGGUGCUGGAGGCACACCGCCCAUGGCCGCGCCGUACACAGACAUGGAGACCCAAGAAGAUGAUGCUGCACCGAUCGGAAAUGGCGCCAACGGAGAAGAGAGCGCAGCACGUGGCGAGGACGAGAAGUUGGAGAACGGUAAUCCGGCCAGCACCGAUGAAGCAGGCAUCGAAAACGAGGACGAGGAGUCAGAGCUAGAAGAUUUGGAUGAAGCAGAGUUCGAAGACUUCGACCCUUCCGCUCUUGCUAUUCCAGACAAGCCGCAACAGGUCGACGAAUCGAACGUGAAUCUACUGGGCGUGCACAAGCGUAAGCGAACGGCAGAAGAGGAAGCUGAGCGCGAACGCAAGAAGAAAAAGAAGGAGAAGAAGCGUGAGAAGCCCAGUCGUAAGAAGAGGGGCGGCGACGACGACUUUUCUGGCGGCGAGGAGAUCGAUGGCAAGCGCGUGCGCAAGAGCAAAAUCGGAUCAGAUGGGCAACCGAUCAAGUCAAGCAGGAGAGAGAGGACGCCUAUCAACGAGGACGAUCUUACACCAGAGGAGCGCCGCCGUCGUGCUCUGGAGCGCAAGAUGGAUGACGCCGUCAAGACACAUCGCGUUUCACGGCGCAAAGCCGCGCAGGAUAUCGAGGAGCGCGCAGACCAGGAAGUCAAUGAGAUGCGUGCCCGUAUGGCGAAGGCCUGCGAAGAGGAUAAUCGCGACCGCAACAACGGCAAGAUCGCAACUCACAAGCUGAAGAUUCUGCCCGAAGUCGUGGCACUCAUGAAUCGCAACACCAUUCAGUCUCAGCUCGUCGAUCCCGAUAUUAAUAUCCUGGAGGCUGUUCGCUUCAUGCUUGAGCCAGCAGAUCAGGAUGCAGCCUUGCCAAAUAUCCAAAUCCAGCGUGAACUCUUCAAGAUUCUCACGAACUUGAACAUUGGUAAAGACGCUCUGAUUGCCAGCUCAAUUGGCAAGCUUGUCCUCUUCUACACCAAAUCCUCUCAAGCCCAACCAGAUAUCAAACGCCAGGCCGAACAUUUAGUCCAGAGCUGGACAUCCACGAUCCUCGGCAAGAAAGACAGUGCUCGAGGUCGUCCGAUUGAGACCAAGCAGUACGAUCCUGUCGCAGCUGCACAAUCUCAGCGCGGCGGAGCUUCUCAAGCUGACCGUGCUGCCAUGUUGGCGGAAAAGAGACGCAAGGUCCUCGCCCAGCCUGGUCCUACCAACCGAGCACGAGUGGAAGGAGGCGUCGGAACGUACACGAUCGCGCCUGUGAACAACUUGAGUAAUGCUCAGGGCGUGUCUUCCAGAAAGCUGGGAGCUAACGACGAGACUUUCAGAAAAAUCGCAGCCAGGAGUGCGGCCAAGUCGGGGAAGCGAUAGAUUCGUUCUGUUGAUUGAGGCCUGCUUCUUGACGACUGGGAAGAGAAGUUUGCGAAACUUCUUCUGCUGUGAUAGUGGGAGCAUUAGCGGGAGCGUUUGUAUCAAUAUCAUUAGAGGUUUUGAGAAGUUCAACAGAAUAUCAAAAUUGGAGUUUGCAUGGCUCAUCAGCGAUAAGCCAAAC